AUGGAAGAUUUGAUAGCUCAAUUCAGCUUCUUAUCAAACCAAGCUCUCAACGAUAAGAGCUUUGAUCCUUCAAACAUAGAAGAUUUAAUGAAAUUAUUCGAAAUCGAGGCGUACAAAUCAUGGGCAGCAAUGGAGUUAGAGUGUAACAGAGAAGAAGAAAGCGCGGAAGAAGCCAUGGAAGAAGCAGAGGCUGAGCUAAAUUCAGCAAUGGAAAGCGCAAUGGAAGAGUUUACGAGGUUUCAACAAGAGUUGGAGACUGAAGCCAUGGCUGAAUAUUAUAGCUUGUUGAAUUUAGGUGAAGCUUCUAGAAGGAUGGGUAAAACUAUGGAAACUGCUGCUUAUGUUGCUUCUAAGAAAUAUAUUGAAGGUGCUCUUAAUUCUGCUACUAAUUCUAUGAAAUCUGCUUGGAAAGGGAUUUCUUCUCAUAAAGUUCAUCCUUCUUAA